AUGGACUUCCCUGGGGGCGCAAACACCAACAUACAUCUUAUUGAUGGGUUCUCUAAUAUUUACUGGAGAAUAUACACGGAAGAAGCUGGAAUCACAAAUAAUCCACAGGAAGGACCCGCCAAUGGCUACACUAUUCUCAAACACCUAAGUCGCCUCAAGGAGCUUGAGGCUCAGUUAAGACAUCUAAAUUGUCUCGCGUCAUGCCCGAGACGUUUGGGGCUUUGGGUAUUUUCCCCUACUCCCGAUUUUGAAAGUCUGAAACCCCUUUAUGUGAGGGGCAGCGACGCCGAAUCAAAUAAAAUUGUUGUCGGUACAACAACUUUGAAAGUUUCUGCUUUGGGGAGUGUUACCUCACUCGAUUUGGUGAGAGGUCUGUCAUCUGACAGUCAGAGCCAGCACGGUAGUAGCCAACCCUCUGUACAGCCAAGGCCAAACCAGGGCCAGCAAUCAUCGCGGCGUCAAGAUAGCUACAGCAGCUCAGCAGCCAUCUAUGCCUCAUUCAUAUCUGCAGUCACUGGUGCAAUCAGCCUUCAGUUGAUUCGACAUCAUGCUGCUCUACCGCUCGGAUCACGCACUCUCUUCACUGCGGUGGAAAAACUAGGCUACGAAAGUCCCCACAUCAACAAUGACAGCAUUCUUUCGACCUCUUGCUUGACAACGCUUAACACCCAGCUGACUAUGGGUGGAACAAUCACUGUUUCCGCCCAGACCAUCUCCCAAACGGGCAUCAUGCGACUGUGCACCCCCCGAGAUAACAAUAAUGUCACACUCAACGCGAAGGCUGGGAUCGAUGUAUGGCUAUGCCCCAACGGGACUAUCGCUAGGCUUGUCACUCCCAUUGUCGAUUCCUCAAACGUUCCCUCUCCAAUCUAUGCCACAUCCGGAGACUUACCUGCGAAACAAACACAAUGGAAAUUGGAUGUUGUUCAGUGGCUUCGCAAUUUUGGCAUGCAUGUUGAGUCCAUCGAUGAAGAACCUUGGGUGCAAGUGGAGGUCUGGGAGCCAUUCUUUGCGAGGCUUGCUGGGGAGGCAUGGCGACAAAGUGAUGAUAGUCAGUCUACUCUGCCACUGAAGCGCAUGUUAUGGCCAGCGAGAUUCUGCUUCAGAAGGGCUAGCUCAUCAAAAUCCUCUUCCGAGGCUCGGAUUUCAUUGCUUGACGAUCCUCUAGAUUUUGCCGAGCAAUGGUCUACAAUGACAAGCUCUCUCCAGUUAGACCAUGUUGUCAACCCAGCCCAAAAUAACCCUAUCGCCCAAGAAGCUCUACUCAAAGACCAUGAAUUGCCAUCGUCUCCAAAAGUUGAAAGUACAGACAACAUAGAAAGUUUAUCCCGAGUCGCGCAAUAUCCUGAUCUACAAACCGCAAACCUUGUGUAUCCGACUCCCCCGGAUGGAGCUGCAACGACUGGGCUCAACAAUCCGAACCCAACCGAAGCCUUUGUUGACGAUUCUGAUUUUGGACUUCCUCACGCCCCCCAACAAAAUUUAAGAAGAAAUGCCCCAAUAUCUGAUUCACCGCCCACCCAGAACAACGGCGUCGGUGUUGGCGUCGGCACUGGCCGUUAUGACGAAAGUGACGAGGAGGAUCUCUUUGGAGAAAUGAACGAGAGAGAUUUUGGGUCGAAGGGUAUCACCGAUGCGGAUUUUAGCUUUUUUGACGAUCCCGAUUUCGAAGGUAUGGGGGUUGAUGCUCAAAUGGAAGAAAUGCAGCAACCCCGUCCACUUUCUCACGAUCAAGGCUACUUGGAGCCCGAGGACAUUAUUGAAGAAGAUCCAACUCUCAAUCAGUCACCAGAAAUCACAACCCAUGUCGAGUCACAGAAGGAACACUCCUCUCCGGUCCAUAAUGAAGACCCGCAAUCGCCUCGCCAACCCAUGGAACUUGAAGAACCUGUUCAUCCGCCUAUAGAUAGGACACCUCAAACCAUCAGCCCACCCUUGAGCCCAGUCGAAGUGAAAAGGAUAUUGUUUCCAGUGGCCAAGUCAGCAAAUCACAGUCAGCCCCCCUUGGACCCGGGCCAAGGACAUUAUCAUCCAGUAGCUUUUGAAAAAAGACUUGAAGAUUGGGACCGGAAGUAUGGAGCAGCUGGCAAGUUCUGGUUUUCUACGUUUGGACCGCUUGAGACGUCAGAUCAGACUUCUGCUAUACCUACUAUUGGAAUACCCCGCCGCGGGCGAAGCGUUGUCAACGGACUUGGCUCUACGAAAGAGCACACGCUUAUAGGUUCAUCUCUAACAAGAACAGAAAAGGGUCCUCGAUCAUCUUCUAUCAGCAGCGAGAGCAGUGACGACAGUGUUGAAAUGAUCUCGGAGCACGCUCCAACACCGACAACCAUCCCCACUAUACCCUCUCUGAAACGGAAGCGAGCUCCUUCGGACUCCGAAAUAUUGUCAGUUGCAUCGCCACAAAAGCUCUUGGCUGGGAACGAAGCAAGUCCCGCAUAUGCGACAGAGAAUAUGACUUUCUUGGGCAACUUCCUUGCCAACUUUUCUGACUGGAAUUUGACCGGGUACUUCUCUGCUUUAACACCCCAACAGCUCCCGGUUCUUCUUCGCCGAGAAGAUCAGCUUCAGAUUGCGCAGCUUCUAGUCGAUCAAAUCACGCAGUCAUCUCUAAAGCACCCGCUUGAUGGCCAUAUUGGCCUUUUUGACCUUGAGAGCGAAUUCUCACCGUUGCAAACUCUCGAUAGCACGAACCUGCUAGGUGAUGCUUCGAGGUUGGAUUUCAAGACAUACACAUCAUUGCAAGAUGAGUUUUCUCUCAAUCAGCCGCAACAUGUGCCACCGCCCAACGAUGUUCCAAAAAGCUUUAUAUCGAAAUUACCUGCGCCCCACGUACUGAAGGGAAUAUGCGAGGAGCUUGGCUCGGAGCUCUCACAAUCCCCACCAACUGCUGACAACUGUGUUGUUUACAUCAUCAACCCAUACAUGCAUGCUGCCGCGCUCGCCGACAUCUGCUCCGCCUUCUGGCAGCUUUUCCAGCAGUUAGUUGCCGAUUCCGAGCGUCGGCAAGUUCGGCCUGUCAAUGAGCUUGUCCUCCAAAUCAUCCCGCUAGAGUUCAUCAUGUCAAGUGAAACGAUGGUCGUGCCUCCCCAAUCAGAUUACCUGAAUUUGGCGCUGGAAGUCUAUAGUCGAUGCCGUCCAAUGGAUGUCGAUAUGAGCCCUCUACUUUGCGCGCCGCCAAUCCUCCUAGCUGAUCCCGUACCAAGGGCAAUCAGCUUCCGAUUGGCUUCCGAGCGGGCUUCACCACUUCAAGAAGGGCGAAGCCUUCACAUUGCUUGCUCCAAAAGUUUAGAUCAACGCUGGAUAUCAGUGGCAUGGUCCGAUGUCCCUGGCUCAAUUCAAAGAACCAUGUCCUACUGUCUACGGUAUCGUCAGUCGGGUGGUAGCCGGCCAAUUUCCGAAGUGCGACAGGAAAUUUGGACUACGACCAAGCAUAUUAUGGACAAGCUUCAAGCACGGUGGAAAGUCCAAUUGGUGACCACUGACCCAAUAGAACCAGAUGAGGCUGAAGCUUGGGCCAAUCUUGCGGAGCAGCACAAUCAGUCGCGACCUGGGUCUCUAGAAUUGACUAUUCUGGCCGUCAAUGUCAUCCCCGACUUGAAUCUCGAACCCCCAUCCCCGCCAGUGUCGAUGGCCAUGAUCAAUUCUUUGUCUUCUUCCACGCCCGUUUCGACUCCUAUUCCAAGUGCCAGCGUUGCAUCCCCAGAACAAUCUGGCAAUGCAGCAACACCAACUAGCGGCCCCGCUGCUUACAGUGCUCCUACCCCAACGGAUAUGUCACUUGAAACCGAUUCGGAUGCAGUUCUCAUUGAUAUCUGCGAUGAGUCUUGGUUAGCCAUCUUGUCGCACCGCCUCAACAGCUCUCCACACCUCACCGAAUUCAGACCUGCUCUGUCUAGUGGGUAUCUCCUCCGCCGUAAAGGCGCAACUGAUGCCGACGGCGUCUUUGCCAUGGCCGUCAACCUUAUCCAUUCACCACAUCCCCCAUCAUCUCAUGACAGUGUUUUGAAAGAUACCUUGAGCAUGUAUCGGGACUUGGGUUGCCUCGCCCGGGCUAAGGGAAUAUGCAGCGUGCAAAAUAACACACUGCCUUGGCACAUCGCCACGGCUCUCCGUGCACAACAGCUACUCAGUUAUGUUUUUUGA